AUGAGUGGGUCAGUGGGAGUUGUCUUUCUUGUACUGCUUGCAUUCCUAUGCUCUGAGACCAUUCAAUCCACUUCUUACAAUGGAGAAGUGAAGGUGGUUUGCAUUGAAAAGGAGAGGCAAGCCCUUGUCAAGUUCAAACAAGACCUUGUAGAUCCAAUGAAUCGGCUCUCUUCUUGGGUCGGCCAUGAUUGCUGCAGAUGGAGUGGAGUGGGCUGCAACAACAGAACGGGGCACGUCGUCAAGCUCAACCUCCGAAACCACCUUCGAGACUUCACCUAUAAUCUGCAAGAAGACAACUCGACUUUAUCUGGUGACAUAAAUCCUUCUUUGCUUGAGUUGAAUCAUUUGAAUUACCUGGACCUAAGUUUGAAUCAUUUUCAUUCCAAACCCAUCCCCAAAUUCAUUGGUUCAUUCAAGAAACUUAGAUAUCUUAAUCUCUCAAAUAAGGAUUUUGGUGGAAUGAUUCCCCACCAUCUGGGUAAUCUCUCUACCUUGGUUUUUCUCGAUCUUCUUUCAGAUGAUGGGUCUGGUCUGGAAGUUGAUAACCUUCAUUGGAUUUCUCAUCUUUCUACUCUGCGACACCUUGAUAUGGGAAUGGUGGACCUCAGCCAGCCACAUGAUUGGUUACAGGCUAUUAAUAUGCUUCCAUCUCUUUCUGAGCUACGCCUCUCCCAUUGUCGACUUCCUAACAUGACUAGUCUUCCGUAUGUUAAUUUCACAUCCCUUUCAGUCCUUGAUCUUUCUUUUAAUGAACUUGGCCCAAAAAUUCCAGAUUGGUUGUUCAAUCUCAGCAGCCUAGAGUAUCUUAAUCUCGAAUCCAAUAGUUUCCAGGCUUCAAUUCCAAGUGCUCUUGGUAAGCUCUGCAACUUACAUGCUUUAGAAUUCUCAAACAACUUUAUCAAGGGAGAGAUAACUGGAUUUGUAGAAUGUUUGUCCGGAUGCAUUCAGGAAAGUUUGGAGAUCCUUGAUCUCAGUAAAAAUUCACUUUAUGGUCCUAUUCCUGAAUCUCUUGGAAAACUUUCAUCCUUGAAAUAUUUGUAUCUUGGUUACAACAACUUGAAUGGCCCUAUUCCUGAAUCUCUUGGAAAACUUUCAUUCUUGAAAUAUUUGUAUCUUAGUCGCAACAACUUGACUGGGUCUUUGCCUGAGAGUCUUGGACAACUUUCAGAACUAAUGUAUUUCGAGAUAUCUUCUAAUUCAUUGGAAGGUACUGUGUCACAAGCACACUUUGUCAGUCUAACCAAAUUGGAAUCAUUAGAUAUGUCCUCGAAUUCCUUAGUUCUUAAUGUUAGCUCCAAUUGGAUUCCUCCUUUUCACCUCAAAUAUAUCAAGAUGAGGUCUUGUAAAUUGGGGCCUCUGUUUCCUGCAUGGCUCCGUGAGCAAAGAGACUUUUUCGUACUUGACCUGUCCAAUGCGCAAAUUUCAGAUUCUAUACCAUACUGGUUUUGGAACCUGUCUUCUCAAAUCUCCUACUUGAAUCUUUCUCACAACCAAAUCAAUGACGAGAUUCCAAAUUCAUUGCAGUUUUCUCUUAGGGCCAGAAUUGAUUUAAGUUUCAACCGCUUUAGAGGUUCAUUGUCACACUCGUUUCUUAAUGCCUGGAUUUGGAUUUUGGAUCUCUCCAACAAUUUACUUUCUGGACCCAUCCCUGUAACUUUUGGCGAAAUAUCUCCUAAUUACUUAUCACUUUCUCAUAACUAUUUAAAUGGUAGCAUUCCUCUGUCUUUAUGCCAAAUGGUGGGUUUGUCGAACCUUGAUCUGUCAUACAAUCAAUUAACUGGAGAACUUCCUCAGUGUUUGGGAAAUUUGACUGAAUUAGUAACAAUCGAUUUGGCAAGCAAUAAUAUACAUGGACAUAUUCCUGAAUCUUUAGGUCUUAUAAAUGAGCUCGAGUGGUUGCGUUUGCGCAGCAAUAACUUUUCAGGUGAGCUUCCUACAUCAUUGAGAAACUGCACCACUUUGAUAACUGUCGAUCUUAGUGAGAACAAAUUCUCUGGAAACAUACCAACAUGGAUAGGGGAAAGCCUAUCAGAUCUCCAGAUUCUCAUCCUUCGUUCAAAUAUGUUUUUGGGAACUAUUCCUCCACAGCUAUGUCAUCUUACUUCUCUUCAAAUCUUGGACCUUGCAAGUAACAAGCUAUUAGGAGCCAUACCAAAGUGUUUUAGCAAUUUCAGUGCCAUGGCUACAAAGGAGCAUAAAAGUGGAAGUAUUUUGAAAUAUGUGUAUGGUGAGGGUGAUGAGGAGCAAACAUAUUAUGAGGAGAACAUAACGGUUGUUAUUAAAGGAAUGAAACUUGAUUAUACUAAGACACUUUCCCUUGUAACUUUGAUAGACCUCUCAUGCAAUCAUUUAUCUGGAGAGAUCCCCGAAGAAUUAGCAAGUCUAUCUGGGUUGCAAGGUUUGAACUUAUCUGAAAAUCAGUUGACGGGAAGCAUUCUACAGAAUAUUGAUCGCUGGCGACAGUUACAGUCUCUUGACCUGUCGUGGAAUCAACUUUCUGGUGUUAUUCCUCAAAGCUUGGCAACAUUAAAUUUCUUAAGUAGCCUCGAUUUGUCACAUAAUAAGCUUUCAGGGCAGAUUCCAUCAGGCAGCCAACUCCAGACUUUUAAUGAUCCUUCCAUUUAUAUCGGCAACCUCGAUCUUUGUGGGCAUCCGCUUCCAAAAGAGUGCCUAGAUGUUAAAACACCUCAAACUCCGGUACCUAUGGGCAAUGGAGUUGAAGAAGAGAGGGAGGAAGAAGGGUUCAAGUGGGUAUGGUUUUUCACUAGCAUGGCACCAGGAUUCGUGGCAGGAUUUUGGGGAGUAUGUGGUGUUUUAGUCUUCAAGAAGUUAUGGAGGAUUGCUUAUUUUCAACUACUUGAUAAAAUGAUGGAUACGAUCUUUGUGGUGUGGGUAACAAAGGUGGCUAAAUUGAAGACAUUGCUACAAGACAGGAAGUGA